AUGAGGUUCAUCAAACCGUCGGCUGCCUUCCUCCAGACGGCCCUGUUCGUCUCGUUUGGCACGGCACAGGACCAGCAAUACCCCGACUACAGCCUGCUGGCCAAAUGCCCUGGGUACACUGCCUCCAAUGUGCAGACAACAGACUAUGGAUUGACUGCCGACUUGUCUCUUGCCGGUGAUGCAUGCAAUGCUUACGGAGAUGAUCUCAAAGAUCUGAUUCUGGAGGUCACCUACGAGGCUGACCAAAGACUUCAUGUCAAGAUCCAGGACAAGGCAAACCAGGUCUACCAGAUCCCAGAAUCUGUGUUCCCUCGUCCAGACAGCAAGAGCUCUCCCGACUCCAAUGCCCUCAAGUUCGACUACGAGGAGAGCCCCUUCUCAUUCCGCGUCUCCAGACGAGACAGCGAAGAAGUCUUGUUCGACACUUCAGCGGCAUCUCUCAUCUUUGAGUCGCAAUAUGUCCGCCUGCGCACCAAGCUUCCCGAGGAUCCCUAUCUCUAUGGACUGGGCGAGCAUACCGACGACUUCCGUCUGAGCACCACUAAUUACAGCCGCACUCUCUGGAACCAGGACAGCUACGGAAUACCUGAAGAUUCCAACCUGUACGGAAGCCAGCCUUUGUAUCUCGAGCAUCGCGAGUCUGGCUCCCACGGUGUCUUUCUGCUCAACUCCAAUGGUAUGGACGUCAUGAUUGACAACAACAAAGAAGACGGCCAGUUUCUUGAAUACAACACCCUGGGAGGAGUUCUCGACUUCUGGUUCUUUGCUGGACCCAGCCCCUCAGAGGUGACCAAGCAGUAUGCCGAGGUGGCUGGACUGCCUACAUUUGCCCCCUACUGGGGUCUAGGCUUCCACCAAUGCCGUUAUGGCUAUCAAGAUGCAUUCGCCGUGGCCGAGGUCAUCUACAACUACAGCCAGGCCAACAUCCCCCUCGAAACCAUGUGGACUGACAUUGACUACAUGGACGGCCGCACCAUCUUCACAACUGACCCUGAGCGAUACCCCGUUGGAAAGCUGCGCAGUAUCGUCUCAUACCUCCAUGAGCGCAACCAGCACUACAUCGUCAUGGUAGAUCCCGCAGCGGGAUACAAGGAAUACCCAACUGUCACGCGAGGUCUCGAGGACAACAUCUUCCUCUUGCGCUCAAAUGGCUCUGUAUUCCUCGGUGUUGUCUGGCCUGGAGUGACAGUCUUCCCUGACUGGUUUGCCGAGAACAUCACGACGUACUGGAACAACGAGUUUGAUCUCUUCUUCAAUCCUGAAGACGGCAUCGACAUUGACGGUCUGUGGAUCGACAUGAACGAGCCUGCAAACAUUGGCUGCUACUUCCCCUGUGAGGACCCAUACGGCUCAACUGAGGGUUUCCCUCCUGAGCCUCCCGCGGUGCGAGAGAACCCCAGACCUCUCCCUGGUUUCCCUUGCGAGUUCCAGCCACCUGACCAAGGAGGCUGCAGCAGCAACUCAACCAAGCAAGUCGAAAAGGUGAGAAGCCUCCUUCCAAUGGAAGUGAGCACCCCCCAGAUCGUCCCUCGCCAAGAGCAGGCAGGUGACCAGAGCGGUCUGCCCGGCCGUGAUCUCCUGUACCCCAAGUACUCCAUUCGCAACAAGGCCGCCUACCAGCCGUGGUCCAACGCAGCCGACGGCGGCCUCUCCAACCGGACGGUCGACACGAACAUCCUCUCCCAGAACGGCCUGGCCAUGUACGACACCCACAACCUCUACGGCACGCUCAUGGGCUCGGCCUCGUACGACGCCAUGCGCGCCCGCCGCCCGGACAAGCGGCCCCUCAUCAUCACCCGCAGCACCUUCGCCGGCUCCGGCUCCAAGGUUGGGCACUGGCUCGGUGACAACCUGUCCACCUGGGGGCACUACCGCGCCUCCAUCCGCACCAUGCUCGCCUUCACCUCGCUCUUCCAGUUCCCCAUGACGGGCUCCGACACCUGCGGCUUCGGUGACAACACCACCGAGGAGCUCUGCGCCCGCUGGGCCUCCCUGGGGGCCUUCAACACCUUCUACCGCAACCACAACCAGCUCGACAUGGUCGACCAGGAGUUCUACCUCUGGGACACCGUCGCCGAGAGCGCCCGCAAGGCCAUCGACGUCAGGUACCGCCUGCUCGACUACAUGUACACGGCCAUGGCCCGCGCCUCGAAAGACGGCACCCCCGUCCUGUACCCCGUCUUCUACCUGUACCCGGAGGACCGCAAGACCUGGGCCUUGGAGAACCAGUUCUUCUACGGCAAGGGCGUUCUCGUCGCCCCCGUCCUCGAGGAGGGCGCGACGAGCGUGGACGCCUACCUCCCCAACGACGCAUUCUACGACUGGCACACCCACGAGCUGGUCUGCGGCAGGGGCGCGAACCACACCUUCUCCGACGUCGACACGACGUCGAUCCCCAUCCUCAUCCGCUCCGGCGUCAUCCUGCCCCUCCGGGUGUCGUCCGCGAACACAACCACCAGCCUGAGGGAGCAAGACUUUGAGCUGGUCCUCCCGCUGGACAAGAACGGCGAGGCAGCGGGUGACUUGUACUUUGACGAUGGCGAGUCAAUCGACCCGGCGAACAACGGAGGCGUGAGCUGGAUCAACUUGUCCUUCAAGGACGGGGAGCUGCGGAUCGAAGGACAGUUCAACUACCCGGUGCCCGUGUCCAUCUCCAAGAUUACUCUUCUUGAGGGCAGCAAAGCGUGCGCAGGGAACGCCACAGUCGACAGCGCGGCGUCCAAACGAACAGCUGAUGUGAAGCUGUCGCUGAAUGAGCCGGGAUCGCUCCGUGUAUAG